AUGACUCGCUCAUCGGUCCCGGACCCUGCUGUGCUGACGACUUCAUCAUUUCAAAAGGCCCUGGCACUUUACCCAUCGCUAGUGGAGAACGUGUACAGAACGAAGUUGAAGAACGAUCGCAAUAAAGUCGCAGCCGCACUGGAGCGUGACAAAUGGAGGUUCGAGGAGUUACCUGCUGCUGUUUCCCAGAGGAAGGCGAACGUCAACCAGGCUCAGAAUGUGCGAGACGAGAAGGCGACGGGCAAGCCUAGAGCCGGAGCUCGUGGCACCGCGCUGGAGCUCAGCAAGGACGAGGUUGAGCGGCUGGUGCAAUGGAAGAUCACUCACGGCCACUCACGCCCUUUCCUCCCCGCGAUGGUGCGCAAGAACGAGUCUUCGGCGAUCCAGACCCAGACGUCCCUCGCUUUCAAAGAACUAAACCUCACCGCCACGGUGGAUCGAACCAAGGUGGAGAAAGCUCUGGACCAUGUCUGCAAACUCACCGGCAUCGGACCGGCCACUGGCACAUUGAUCCUCAGCGUGUUCAAUCCGGCGCUUGUUCCGUUCUUCCAGGAUGAGAUGUUUGCCUGGUUCUUUCCUGACGCGGGGAAACUCAAGUACAGCUCGAAGGAGUACCAGCUGCUGUUUGAAGCGGUGACGCCCGUGCUGACGAGGUUGAAUGUCAAGGCCGUAGAGCUGGAGCAGGUUGCCUACGUGCUUGGACAUAUGGACCUGCUUGGUGAUGAGGACAGGAAGAUAUUGGAGAAGUCGUUCGAGGAGAAGGCGGGUCCCGCCGCCGAACGCAAGAAAUCUAAAUCUAGCAGUGGCGACGUACUGGAAGAUGAAGAGGAACUUCACCAGGAGCAGUCCGUGGCAAACCAGAGAGGAAAACGGACGGCCAAGGUCAAGGACGAUCAGAACGCAGCCGAGUCGGCGCCAGCACCGGCGUCGGCACCAAGAGGGGAAAAAAGGAGCCCGAAAGACGACGACGACACGAACACCGAAACCCACACGGCAAAAAGACGAUCACAGCGCAACAGAUGA